CUGAUUUAUUCUUUUCGCUAAUAUGGGAGCUACGAAACCCCGUCCGCCCCCGAGGGCAUCCAUUGCCAAAGCUCAGCCUUUACCGGACAAGACCUUCAUUAUCGACAAUGGGGCGUAUACAAUGAAGGCCGGCUACGCGCCUGACUUCCUACCCUCCGACAGCGAAACCACGCCCAGCCCUGCCUGUAGUGUCAUCCCAAACGCGCUCGUCAAAACCCGUGGAAAUAAUGUCUAUAUUGGUGCGCAGCUGAACAGCCAUGUAACCGAUUGGAAUGAAUUGAUGUUUCGCCGCCCAGUCGAAAAAGGGUACACCGUGAACUGGGAGGUGCAGAAGGAGAUCUGGGAAUAUUCGUUUUUUGACGAGAAGACGGCACGGGCUAAGGAGCUCCGGAUUGGGAACCCCGAGGAAACAACCCUUUUGCUCACGGAAGCCCCAAAUGCCUUGCCAGCGUUGCAGAAAAACGCGGAUGAGAUUGUGAUGGAAGAGUGGGGAUUUGGUGGCUACUUGAGAGCUAUAGGACCGUCAAUGAAUGCCUGGAAUGAAGUCCAGUCUUUAUUUGGCGACCCUACGCAACAACAGUCCACUAUGCCCGCCGCCUCACCGACAGAAUGUUUACUUGUCGUCGAUUCUGGAUACUCCCACACUACGGUAACACCGGUCUACAAAGGCCAGCCUCUCCAGCGCGCCAUUCGUCGACUCGAUCUUGGAGGGAAACACCUGACGAACUACUUGAAGGAGAUAGUUUCGAUGAGACAAUAUAACAUGGUAGACGAAACGUAUGUCAUGAACGAAGUCAAGGAGGCGGUGUGCUUUGUUAGCAACAACUUCUCCCAUGACAUGGAAGAGACAUGGAAGGGGAACCAGAAGCGUGGCUCAUCCCAAGUCGGCGAAGGCGUCACUGUCGACUAUGUGCUACCCGACCCAAACGCAGGAAAAAGAGGCUUCAUGCGUCCCCAUGACCCCUUGCUGAAUGCGAAGAAAAGAAAAAGCGCCCUUUCCAGCGUUACUGCUGAGACGCUAUCUGAAGAUGUCUUGGUCCUGGGAAACGAACGGUUUGCCAUCCCGGAAAUACUCUUCACGCCGGGUGAUAUUGGUAUGAAGCAAGCUGGUAUAGCGGAUAUGGUCAUGCAGAGCUUAUCUGUGUUACCCCCGGGACUGCAUCCUGCGUUUCUGGCAAACGUCCUGGCUACCGGGGGAAAUUCCCUGUUGCCAGGAUUUAUAGACAGACUAGAAACCGAGCUGCGUCAAGGAGCAUCGGCGGAAUGCGUCGUGAGAGUCCGACGCCCCAUGGAGUAAGCUGCUUUUUCCAUUUCUACUCCUCCCCCCACUCCAAGGCUGCGGUUUAUGCAGGAGG